GAGGAAAAGUGAUAUUUCUUAAAAUCCAACCCUCCCUUGUAGUUGUGUGUGCAUUGUGACAGAGUUUACAUCUUUUUCUUGCUGCAGUGGGACAUGGAACAAACUGACUAUAUUGACUUCAAGUGUAAUCUGCAUCUUUACUCGCCUUUACCAGAGUGUCCUGAACUUUGCUCAGUCCCGUCAUCAGGGUCAGACAGACUGAUAGUACGUACACUUAAAACACACACUGGAGUACAACUCGCCGCAUGUGUUAGUGGAGCUGAAGAGCAGCAGGAAAAGGAUUAAGGAUGGCUGGAAAGAGACGAGGUCGAGGUGGCAACGCCCAGCAUCAACAUGCUCCACAGAAACAACGAGGAGGCCCCAGAAAGGCUUUAAAGGAGCCGGCUGCUUUUGCCAAGCCCACAGGUUGUGACUGGGAGAUCUCCGGAGAAAAGCUGACUAUCGCCCAAGCACGCAGGGGAACACCAGCUAAUCGUCCUGUGCGAGUCUACGCUGAUGGGAUCUUUGAUCUUUUCCAUUCGGGGCACGCUCGAGCCCUGAUGCAGGCCAAAAAUCUGUUUCCUAACACACACCUGAUAGUAGGAGUCUGCAGUGAUGAACUCACCCACAAGUACAAGGGCUACACAGUGAUGACCGAGGACGAACGCUACGAAGCCCUGAGGCACUGCCGUUACGUUGAUGAAGUCGUGCAGGAUGCUCCCUGGACCCUAACCCCGGAGUUCCUCAAAUUACACAAGAUUGAUUUUGUGGCCCAUGAUGACAUCCCGUACACCUCAGCUGGAUCAGAUGAUGUUUACAAGCACAUUAAAGAAGCAGGUAUGUUUGUGGCCACUCAGAGGACAGAAGGCAUCUCCACCUCUGAUCUGAUUACUCGUAUAGUCAGAGAUUAUGACAUCUAUGUCAGACGUAACCUGCAAAGAGGAUACACAGCCCGAGAGCUAAAUGUUGGCUUCAUUAACGAGAAAAAGUACCGGCUUCAGAACCAGGUGGACAAGAUGAAAGAGACGGUCCGCACAGUGGAAGAAAAGUCCAAACACUUUGUUUACAGAGUGGAGGAGAAGAGCCAGGAUCUCAUCCACAAGUGGGAAGAGAAAUCAAGAGAAUUCAUUAGUAACUUCCUGGAGCUUUUUGGACCUGAUGGAGCCUGGCAUGUAAUUCAGGAGAGGAGUGGACGGAUGCUUCAGGCCUUGUCACCUUACUCUUCACCCCGAGGCUCCCCCAGCAGCAGUCCCACCAGAAGACGCUCCAUUUCUCCAGACUCCUCUUCCACCCUCUCAUCUCCUUCAUCCUCCCUCACCCCUCCACAUUCUCCAUCAGCUUCUUCCCCACGUAAAAAGGGAACACAUUCAUCCCUGAGUGCUACUUCCACAUAUACCAGACAUGUACAGUGAGGUGCUGGUGCUUUUCAUCCUUAUCAGCCC